AAGUAGCCAGCAGCAGCAAAGCUGAGAAUGGGAGCUUGUAAGUGACACCUAGCAACAGACCUGGGAACACCCACUGAGCCUGGACUGUCAUCGUCAUCUCCAUCCUCCUCUGACACAGUGUCUGAUUAACCUGCAGCCAUGGCACUGUCAGCCAGCUCAACGCUAUGCAAGGAAGUGAAGAAGAUCUACAUGGAGUUGCCACAAGGAGAUAAGGUCCAGGUUAUGUAUAUAUGGAUAGAUGGGACAGGAGAAGGUCUACGUUGUAAGACUCGCACACUGGACAGUGAACCCAAGUCUGUUGAAGAUUUGCCAGAAUGGAACUUUGAUGGCUCUAGCACCCAUCAGUCUGAGGGAUCAAACAGUGACAUGUAUCUGAUCCCGGUGGCCAUGUUUAGAGAUCCUUUCCGGAAAGACCCCAACAAACUGGUGAUGUGCGAAGUACUGAAAUACAACAGGAAAAUAGCAGAAACAAACCUGCGAAAAACAUGCAAGCAGAUCAUGGAUAUGGCGGCUGAUGAACAUCCAUGGUUUGGCAUGGAACAGGAAUACACCUUGCUUAGAGUGGAUGGACAUCCCUUUGGCUGGCCUUCUAAUGGCUUCCCAGGACCUCAAGGUCCAUAUUACUGUGGAGUCGGGGCAGAUAAAGCCUAUGGACGGGAUGUUGUGGAGGCUCAUUAUCGGGCAUGUCUGUAUGCCGGGGUGAAGAUUGCAGGAACAAAUGCAGAAGUGAUGCCAGCACAGUGGGAAUUCCAGGUUGGCCCGUGUGAAGGAAUUGAUAUGGGAGACCAUCUGUGGAUCUCUCGCUUUAUUCUACAUCGAGUCUGUGAGGACUUUGGAAUCGUAGCUUCAUUUGAUCCUAAACCUAUUACAGGAAACUGGAAUGGAGCUGGUUGCCAUACCAACUACAGCACACAGAAAAUGCGAGACGACGGAGGCCUCAAGCAUAUUGAAGAGGCCAUUGAAUGCCUUAGUAAGCGUCAUGGUUACCACAUUCGAAUCUACGACCCCAAAGGGGGAUCAGACAACGCACGCCGCUUAACUGGGCACCAUGAAACUUCCGACAUCAACGCAUUCUCUGCUGGAGUGGCAAACCGCUCUGCAAGUAUCCGUAUUCCACGUCAGGUCGGGCAAGACCAGAAGGGAUAUUUGGAGGACCGCCGUCCAUCGGCCAACUGUGACCCCUAUGCUGUGACAGAAGCCAUCAUUCGGACCACCAUUCUGAAAGAAUGUGGAGACGAGCCUGUGGACUAUAAAAACUAAAGGAAGAAGUAGACAACGAUCAAACCUUCUUUGUUAGCCAGUUCUGUUUCUCGUCUCUACACCUAUGCCUAAGUCAUGUCUAACUUGAUAUCCUGAGAUCACAUAGACAUGUUUAGUAAAGGUGGUAGAGUAGGAUGUGGGAUUCUUAUCAAUUCUUUAUAGUCUGAUUCUGUCAUGAACUACCUCAGUUCAUUCUUAAGACAUCUUUGAAAGAAAUGUUUAAAAAAAAUAAAAGAUAGGUAGACUGGAAAACAAACUCAUAGCAGGUACUUAUGCCUUUUGCGCCCUCAAAGUUGAUAUGAAUCGACAUAAGAAACAGGACUGGCCCUAUCUCUUUCAUGCCAGUGGGGCCAAGACUAUAAAGCUAGUCAAUGCAAAAUGUAGUGUAGAGUAGAAGCACCACUAGCUGGAAAAGGCUUUUACAGAUCAAACUGAUACACAUCCUAAUGGGAUCUGCCCUGGGUCAGGAUCUAACUCAACGUCUGGAAAAAAAAACAUUACUCAAGACUAGGCAUAGAUCAAAAGAAUCUCUUGUCUUAGUAUUUUAUUCAGUAAAGCAGUGCAAAGUUCAGGAACCUAUUGCCACUAAUUAAAUUUCAUUUUUGCGUCAUCAGACCAGUGACGGCUCAUCAUUGCUCUUGGUAUUGUUUUACUGAAUAAACUAAUUGUGGACUUGCUUAAUAAGGCAGUACAAGGUGUAGAAAUCCAUAGCAGCCAAUCAGACUUCCAUUUACUAUAGUCAGAUUAGUAAACAAGUCGCUUCUGAUUGGAUGAUAUGUGUCAUUGCUCUAUGCAGAUAAUUGAUGCUGUUGACAUUGACUUAUUGAAUAAGCCCACUGUGUCCCUUAAAGGUACAGUAAGGUGAUAGGGAAAUAAAAAAGAGACAAAGGCGGGUGGGCCACCGAACUUCGCCUCACUGUGCGCUAUGAUAACCACUGAUCUUAAAGAGAGGAAUAUCUUUUUACCCUUAAACUCAAACCAGGUAGUCAGUCAUUUGACAUGUUCUAGGCGUAUCCCGUUAUCCUGUAUAAUAUAUACAUAUAGAGCAGGAUACAGUCUGACCCUUCAAGUGACCCCAAGGUCAUUGUAUCGGUCUAGAUGUCUUUGAUGCUGUUUUUACAUGGGUGUCUCCAUUUAGUAAUGUCAUUUGGGUCCAUUGGUGUAAUAUUUUUCUAUUUACUUGUAAUUUUAAUCUACAGACAUGGAGAAAUGAGGAUCAGGAGAUCUAUCAUAUCUAUAGUAUCUAUCAAGGUGUUUGGAAUAUAAUAUAGUAAUAAUAAUAUAAAACUGUCAAGGUUUAUGUCGGUGCUAAAUAGAAUUUUGGGGAGAGUAAUGCAAAAAUAAUGGAACACUAUAUUUAAGUAAAGCAUCUCAGCGGGAAGUAGAGCGGCGGUCGUGUUUGAACCUUGACAGAUCAUUGUUCUGGAAUCAUGAUUGGACUAACUGAAGAAGAGUCCUGCUAAAAUUAACUUGAAGACUGUCUUGACAUGGCUCAUGUGUAGAAGACAGCGUGAACUUUCUCUCCUGUGGCAUUCAGACUGGAAACAGGACAUACGCACCAACCUGUGAUGUUUGCAGUCCUUUUAUUGUCCUGUUUCUUUUGAAUAAGGGAUCUAACUUUUCUGGAAUUUGUGAUACUUGUAUGUCAGUUUCACAUUGUACAAUGAUGGAUCAUGUUUCGAUGUACCAAGAAACGCAUCCAAAGGUUUUGGAGUGGUAAGAGCUGGGCUAAUAUUUAAUCUUUGCUCUUAGGUUAUGUAUAGUAGGUUGCUAACUAAUGUGCACUGAUCACUUCUGUACCAGCAAAUAAUUAUACUCAGUGCUCUGUGAAGAAAAAGAAGAAUUUUAUUUUUUUUCCCCGUGAAUCUCAGAAUUUCUACGAUUUAUACGUACAAACAGAAUAAACCACUUGUUCGUCGUUUAUGAAUGGGUCUCGGGUGGUAAUGACAGGGUAGAAUUUACUGCUUCUGACUCACAUCUCAUUCUGACAUAGUCUGGUUUUUAAAAUAGAUUUUGUUUUUUUUUCUUUUUGUAAUAAAAAAACUAAAUCUGAA